UCCCCGCGGCCCCUGUCGGCGAUAUAAGUGCGGCGGGGCCGCUGUGCGCUCACUGCCCGCCCCCAGCCCGGGCGCAGCGCCGAGCGGAGCGGAGCGGCGGGGCCGCCUCCUCCUCCUCCUCCUCCUCCUCCUCCUCAGCGCCCAGGCAGCGGCGGCCGAGCGGGACUGCCAGCGAUGGCUGAGCUCAAGUCGCUGGGCAGCGAGGCGUACCUGGCGCUGGCCCCGGGCUACGGGCCCUCGGCUUUCGCCUACGGAGCCGUGCGCGGGGGCGCCGAGGGCCCGCGGGGCGCGUUCGCGGGGGGCGGCGGGGCGGACUUCCACGGCGGGGCGAUGGGCAAGUCGGCGGAGAGCAGCGGCGAGCAGAGCGGCGACGAGGAGGACGGCUUCGAGGCGGGCGUGAAGGGCGGCCCGGGCUUCGAGCGAGAGGGCAAGCUGAAGGGGGGAGCGCUGGGCAAGAAGCCCAAGGAGCAGCGCUCGCUGCGGCUCAGCAUCAACGCGCGGGAGCGGCGGCGGAUGCACGACCUGAACGACGCGCUGGACGGGCUGCGCUCCGUCAUCCCCUACGCGCACAGCCCCUCGGUGCGGAAACUCUCCAAAAUCGCCACGCUGCUCCUGGCCAAGAACUACAUCCUCAUGCAGGCGCAGGCCCUGGAGGAGAUGCGGCGGCUGGUGGCCUACCUGAACCAGGGCCAGGCGCUGAGCGCCCCGCUGCCCGCCACCCUCAACCCCUUCGGACAGUCGCCCGUGUACCCCUUCGGCGGCGCGGCCGUGCCCGGCUGCCCCGAGAAAUGCACUGCCUUCACAGGAGCCGCCUCCGCCCUCUGCAAACACUGUAACGACAAGCCUUGA